AAAAUACAUUUGCCGAUGGAUGUGGCAUCGCGGCGGUCGAUCCCGUCGUACAUGCGGGCGACGUCAAGCAGCGAGAAUCGCAUGGCCCACGGAAUGAUGCACAAACGAGUGGCAACGUCAGCGCCGCCGUUCCCAUCGACCAGACCGCGACGCUGGACGACAGUCAGUUGUCCAUCCACUGCAACCCAACAGGACAAGCUCCCACAAGCGACGGUCGGAUGGCGAUCCAUUCCGAUCAAGCCAGUCAACGACGAUGAAUCGACGCCAGAAGCCACGACGCCCGUGGACGAGUCGAACAACCAAGAUGAGCCACAGCUUGGGUCAGUCACAUCCAACUCUGCAUCCUUGCACGUCGAUGACUUGACGCGCCUCGGGUACGAGCAGCUGGCCAUGACCAAGAGUCUCCAGGAGCAAGUGCGCGACCUCACGAGGAAGCUUGGUCCGUUGACGUUGGCGUCUCCAAGCUCUAUUCCAGGUCGACAUCAUUUCCCAAUUCAGAGUCCGUCCAAAGCAAUGGAGAACGUCGUGCUGAAAAGUGCUCUCGAGGGGGAAAAUGCACGCCUUCGAGCUCGACUACACGACGCAGAAGCUCAGCUGUCCACCCAAACCACCACCAUUCGACAACUUCAGGCCGACAACGACGACCUGCAAUCGCUUCUGCAGUGUGCAUCGAAAAAUCUCUCAAGAGAAGAAGACCGGGUGAUCCGACUCAAGAAGGAAAUUCAGACCUUGCUCUGUACAGCCUCAUGCAACAAUCAGCACGAGCCAUCGCCACCUUCGCCAGCGCGAGACAAACAGAAUUUCCCUCCAGUGUUUGGCUAGUUGUAGCUAAAACUUCACCAUGUGCACUCUAUCAAAAGGACCGACCGAUUCAC